AUGGAUACUACUGUGCUAGAUACAUUAGAAAAGCUGACGAAGAUAGAUACAUUUGAAGGCUUUGUGAUAUCCUUUAUGUCGGAUAUAUGUGGAUCUGGAACAAAGAAGGUGCAGGUUAUCUUUAAUUACAAAGACAAGAACCACUUAAUCAACAAAGAUAUCAGAUGCAAGAGCAGCCUUUUUUCCCCACUGUAUACUCUGAUCAUUCAUUCAGAUGGUACUUAUGAAGUAAAGAUUGAUAACCAAAAAAAAAAAAUGGAAUCUGGUCAUCUAGAAGAAGACUGGGAAAUCUGACCUCCCAAAAAGAUAAAGGAUCCUGAUGCAAAGAACUCUGAAGACUGGGAUGAACGGAAAAUGAUUGAGGAUCUUGAAGAGAAGAAACCAGCAGACUGGGACCAGCUAGAACACUUUCCUGACUCAGAUGUCAAGAAGCCAGAUGACUGGGAUGAAAAGAUGGAUGGGGAAUGGGAACCACUGAUGAUGUCAAACCUGGAUUAUAAAGAAGCAGAAAAGAAAAUGAAAGAAGUACAGGAAGACUAG